CCCCCAAUUUUGUGAACUUUUUCAAAAUUGACAAUAUACUAAGAAACUCGCCUAGCCGAAGCCCGAGUAUUAACAGAGUCGGCCCCUAUCAAUUUUCCGUCAAAAAAACAUGGAAAAAUCCAUUCAUUAAGAGAGUCGGCCCCUAUCAAUUGUUUCGUUGAAGAAGUCCGUUCUCCUUCUUUCCAUCGCCCAUUGAUUUUUGCAGCUACUUCCUCUUCGUAAAUUCGAAAGAAAGGUUAGAAACUUGGUUCCAAUAUAAAUAACUUUGUCGGGUUAUCCAGAAAGCAAAUAAAAGCCACUGAAGUUUUCUCCUAAGCAACAAUUUUUCUGUUAUGACGAUGGAUGUGGAAUUCAGUGAAUCCAGGCGUCAGAGUGUUGAGGUGAGAGAUCAAGAUGAGCCUUCUACUCGUGAAAGGUGGGUAGGUGGAUAUGACGAUAUGGAAGAAGAUGAUCUUGACAAAUCGAGAGAGUCAAGCAAGCAUCGUGGUAGGGAAAAAAGCAAGAGCAACCGCAGAGAAGAUAAAGAUCAUAGACAUAAAGAUAGGGAAAGAUCCAAGACCAGUCAUGGUUCAAAGGAUAGCGGGAAAGAAAGUAAGGAUGAGAAAGAGCGAGUAUCUGGCAGAGAUAGGAGACAUGAAGAUAGAGAGAAGCCAGAAAAGGAGAAGAGCCACGACAAGGCUCGAGAGAGGGAUAUUGAAAAAGAGAAGUACAGAGAUAAAGAGCGUGAUAAAGAUCGCAAAGAUCGGGGAAAGGAAAAGGAACGAGAGCGUGAGCGUGACAGAGAACUGGAUAGGGAUGCAGAACGUGGAAGAGACAAAGAGAGGGUAAAAGAUAAGAGUAGAGAUAAGGACAAGGACAGAGAAAAGGAAAGAGAGAAGCAUAGAGAGCAUGGAAAGGAAAGGGACGCUGAUAGGGAUAAAAGUAAGAAUGUUGUUGAGAAAGAAAAGGGGAAGGAAAGAACUAGGGAGAAGGAGAGGGAUGCAGACCAAGAUAAGGAAAGGCAGAGGGACAAAGAUAGGGCAAGUCAUAAGCAGCGGGAUGAAGGUCAUGAGAGGAGCAAGGACUUGAGAAAGGAGGAUAAGUUUAGAUCUGACAGUGUAGAUAAUUGGGAUCGUGAUUCUGAGGAUGGAACUAUAGCUGUCAAGGAUCCACAACAUGCCGAUGGUGGAGAUGGUGGACCACACUCAUCUACAACGGAGCUGGAACUUCGCAUUAUGAAGAUGAAGGAAGAAAGAGUGAAUAAGAAGUCAGAAGGUGCAUCUGAGGUUUUGUCAUGGGUUAAUAGGAGCCGCAAGAUCGAAGACAGGAAAAAUUCUGAGAGAGAGAAAGCUCUACAGCUCUCAAAAAUUUUUGAAGAGCAGGACAACAUGAAUGAAGGAGAAAGUGAUGACGACAAUGAAAGGCAGUACAAUGGAAGGCAGAAUACUGCUCAUGACCUAGGUGGGGUUAAAGUUCUGCAUGGACUUGACAAAGUGCUUGAGGGUGGUGCAGUUGUUUUGACACUCAAAGACCAGAAUAUACUUGCUGAUGGUGGAGUUAAUGAAGAGGUUGAUCUACUUGAAAAUGUUGAAAUCGGGGAGCAGAAAAGGAGGGACGAUGCUUAUAAAGCUGCAAAAAAGAAAACAGGAAUUUAUGAUGACAAGUUUAAUGACGAGACUGGUUCUGAAAAGAAAAUCCUCCCGCAAUAUGAUGAUCAAGUUACAGAAGAGGGGAUAGCUCUUGAUGCAAGUGGACGCAUCUCUGGUGAAGUGGAGAAGAAAUUGGAAGAGCUUCGGAGAAGGCUUCAAGGGGGUUCAAAAAGUAAUAAUGCUGAGGAUCUCAAUGUCUCUGGCAAGAUAUUGUCAGACUAUUACACUCAAGAAGAAAUGCUUCAAUUUAAGAAGCCCAAGAAAAAGAAGUCACUGAGGAAGAAAGAGAAGCUGGACAUUGAAGCACUUGAGGCAGAAGCUAAAUCUGCAGGACUUGGUCUUGGGGAUCUUGGUUCUCGAAAAGAUGGGAGAAGGCAGGCUCUUAAGGAGGAACAGGAAAGAAAUGAGAGUGAGAUGAGAAGCAGUGCAUACCAGUCAGCUUUAGCGAAGGCAGGUGAGGCAUCUAAAGCACUUCGUCUGGGCCAGACUCAAACAAUUGUAAAAGAGGAAGACGAUACUCCUGUGCUUGGUGAUGAUGACGAGGACCUCCGAAAAUCACUAGAAAGGGCAAGAAGAUUAGCUCUGAAAAAGCAAAGUGUGGAGGCAUCUGGUCCACAGGCAAUAGCACUUCUUGCUUCUUCCAGUGCCAAUGAUUUAGCUGCAGACAGACAAAAUCCAGCAUCUGCAGAGGCACAAGAAAGCAAAGUUGUCUUCACAGAGAUGGAAGAAUUUGUCUGGGGUCUGCAGCUUGAUGAAGAAGCGCAGAAGACUGUUGCUGAAGAUGUUUUCAUGGAGGAAGAUAUAGCCCCCAAUGUUCCAGAGCUGGAGCCUGAAGAAGAAGAAGAUGGUGGUUGGUCAGAGGUAAAGGAAAUCAGGGGAGAAGAAAUUCCAGAAAUUAAGGAAGAGGAGGUAGUUCCAGAUGCCAUAAUUCACGAAGCUGCUGUUGGGAAGGGAUUAUCUGGUGCACUGAAGCUUUUGAAAGAGCGAGGAUCACUGAAGGAGACUGUUGAAUGGGGUGGUCGAAACAUGGACAAGAAAAAGAGCAAGCUUGUUGGCAUUCAUGAUGAUGAGGGACCAAAAGAAAUACACAUUGAGAGGACAGAUGAAUAUGGACGAAUUUUGACUCCAAAGGAGGCUUUUCGAAUACUUUCACAUAAAUUCCAUGGGAAGGGGCCUGGAAAAAUGAAACAAGAAAAGCGUAUGCGCCAGUAUCUGGAGGAAUUGAAGGUAAAGCAAAUGAAGAAUGCAGAUACACCAUCACUUUCUGUUGAGAGGAUGAGGGAGGCUCAGGCUCAACUGAAAACACCCUAUCUUGUCCUCAGCGGGCAUGUUAAACCAGGGCAAACUAGUGAUCCUAGAAGCGGUUUUGCUACGGUUGAGAAGGACCUCCCUGGCGGCCUGACCCCUAUGCUUGGUGAUAAAAAGGUUGAGUAUUUCUUGGGUAAACGGAAGCCUGAGCCUGGAGAUGCUGCUUUUCAGAAGAAGCCUAGAACUUGAAGUUCCAUUGGGAAAGUAGUGUUCGGUCGUGGUAUUCAGAACUUGAAAAUGUUUAAUUUUCAUCAUCUUGGCUAGUCAACCUCUUUUCUUCCUAUUUCUUCCGUAACUGCAGAUUUUGUCCAGUUAGUAGAUAAAAUUUCAACUAUAUUUUGCUCCGGGAUCAUUUCAUAUUUUUCCAUUGUGGUUCUGAGUAUACGUAAUGCGCAUUCAAGAUAUAGAAUUUACGGUACAUUUCUCUCU